UUUUCGUACAAUUAAACAUGCUAGGAUGACUUCAAGUAUGAUUGGUGGGCUAAUUUCAAGUGAUAUUCGUAAUAAGGCUUUGACAUCGGUUAGUGAGGUGGUUUGUGAUUUCAAGGACUAUUAUGGAACAGAAGUUUCUUAUCGGCGAGCUUGGAUGGGUGUUAAAAAAGCAAGGGGUCUUGUUUUUGGUGACUAUUCAUCAUCAUUUGAUGAUCUUCGUUGGUAUGUUGAUGCUGCUAAUGCUUGCAAUCCGAGGAGUGUUUUUGAUAUGGAAUUUGAUAUUGAUAGUAAAGGAAGACAUUUCAAAUGCUUGUUUUUUGCUUUUGAGGCAUGUAUUCAUGGUUUCAAGUAUUGUAGGCCUGUGUUGAUGCUUGAUGGAACUUUCUUGAAAGGAAGACACAAAGGUUGUUUAUUGGCUGCUACGGCAAAAGAUGGUAACCAAGGUUUAUAUUCGUUAUGUUUUGCUAUUGUUGAUAGUGAAAGUUAUGACAGUUGGCAUUGGUUCUUGUCAAAGUUAUUAGGUAUUUUGACUCCGGAGAGGGAUAUUGUGUUUGUUACUGAUCGACAUGGAGGUUUGCUGAAAGCUUUAGCUGAGGUCUUUCCAUUUUCUUCUCAUUCUUUUUGUCUAAUGCAUUUGAAGACAAACUUGAAGACUUAUUUGUCAGUUAAGAGUCGUGAAUCUAAAGAGUAUUUGCUUACACUUUUUAGUAGAUGUGCAUAUGCUCCUACUAUUGAGUUGUUUAAUGAGCUAUUUGAAGAAUUUAAGGGUCGUUGUGGUCGUAGUGUUGAGAAGUUUCUUGAGGAUUUGCCUAAUGAGUGUUGGUGUAACGCUUAUUUUCAAAGCAAGAGGUAUGGUGAAAUGUGCACAAAUGCUGCGAAAUCUUUUAAUUCAUGGAUUAGGGAUGAACGCCAUUUGUUUUCAACUAGUCUUGUUGAUGCUAUACGGGUGAAACUAAUGGCGCAAUUUUCAAGAAGGAGAGAAGUUGGGAAUAAGUAGAAUCGUAUUGUUUGUCCUUU